UCAAGGAAGUUCUUUGGCAGUGACCAGAGUUUUGUUACUGAAUUCCCUUAUUGGCCAUCUUCAGAAGUUUUUUUUUGACCUCCAGGAAUCUGAGAGUUGUGUUGGAGAUCUGUGCACAGAAAAAAUCAAGCAAGGAAUGCAGUCACUACAGUUGAUAGAAAAGCUUUCGACACAGUAUCCUGUUACUCUGCAUUUGAGCCAACUGCUAAUACUGCUGCUUGUUAAAUCAAGGCUGGAUAUAUAGUUCUUCAGGCACUCUCUUGCCCUGCUGCCGCUCUGCUAUGCUCUGUCCUGUGUAUGUCUGUCAGAUACUGAGUUCAGGAAGGUCAAAUGUUUGCAGCAUAAAAAGACUUAACAUGUUUCUCCGGUCUCCUGGGAUGCAAUAAAGCAAUGACCUCCUAUCAAAAAAUCUGGAGUGAGAAAGAGAAAAGUUACUGGUGGUGCAGGCACGAAACAACGUGGGGGAAAGCAUUCCCUGUUUCGUCUCCAGCCCUGGAUGAUUCAGGAGGUGGUGAUGUGAACUCUUCCCUCUCCCAUAUUUUAAGCUGGUAUAAAUGCUUCCAGAAAAGUAAACUGGAGGUCAGAUGGAGCAGAUGGAAAGGCUGGUCCUGAGCUGCUUGUCCUGGGGGACAGUGUGCUUACCCUGCUGGGCACAGUGGGGCUCUCUCUGAGUGACUGUAGAUCUGGAAAAGAAACCUGUCUUGCCAAGCCCACUGUUCCAAAAAGUCUAUGCAAGCAGCGAGAUGUCCCACUGAUGAACUGUCAUUAACCAACUGCGCUGUGGUGAAUGAGAAGGACUUCCAGUCGGGGCAACAUGUUGUUGUGAAGACUUCUCCCAACCACAAAUACAUUUUCACGCUGAGAACCCAUUCUUCAGUUGUUCCUGGCAGCAUUGCGUUCAGCUUGCCCCAGAGAAAAUGGGCCGGACUUUCCAUUGGACAAGAGAUAGAUGUUUCCUUGUACACUUUCGACAAGGCUAAGCAGUGUAUUGGCACAAUGACAAUUGAGAUAGAUUUUCUGCAGAAGAAGAACAUUGACUCCAACCCCUAUGACACAGACAAGAUGGCUGCUGAAUUCAUCCAGCAGUUCAACAGCCAAGCCUUCUCCAUAGGCCAGCAGCUUGUGUUCAGCUUUAAUGACAAACUUUUUGGCCUGUUGGUAAAAGACAUGGAAGCUAUGGACCCCAGCAUUCUCAAAGGAGAGUCUGGAGCAAGCAAAAAGCAGAAGAUUGAGGUUGGUUUGGUUCUUGGAAACAGUCAAGUUGCCUUUGAGAAAGCUGAGAACUCCUCUCUCAAUCUGAUUGACACUGAAAGAACCCUUGAGAAAAUGGGCAUUGGGGGCCUUGACAAAGAAUUCUCAGAUAUUUUCCGACGAGCUUUUGCUUCUCGAGUUUUUCCACCUGAAAUUGUGGAGCAAAUGGGCUGCAAGCAUGUGAAAGGCAUUCUCCUGUAUGGACCUCCAGGCUGUGGUAAAACACUUAUGGCGAGACAGAUUGGCAAGAUGCUGAAUGCCAGAGAACCAAAGGUGGUCAAUGGUCCAGAAAUCCUCAAUAAAUAUGUGGGUGAAUCAGAGGCCAACAUCCGCAAGCUGUUUGCUGAUGCAGAAGAAGAACAAAGAAGGCUUGGAGCAAACAGCGGUGUGCAUAUCAUCAUUUUCGAUGAGAUUGAUGCAAUCUGCAAGCAGAGAGGAAGCAUGGCGGGUAGCACUGGAGUCCAUGAUACAGUUGUAAACCAGUUGCUGUCUAAAAUUGAUGGCGUAGAGCAGCUCAACAACAUCCUAGUGAUUGGAAUGACCAACAGACCUGACCUGAUUGAUGAGGCUCUGCUGAGACCAGGGAGGCUGGAGGUGAAAAUGGAGAUUGGCUUGCCGGAUGAAAAGGGUCGAUUUCAGAUUCUUCAUAUCCACACGGUACGGAUGCGGGAACACCAGCUGCUGGCUGAAGAUGUGGACAUUGCAGAACUGGCGGUUGAGACUAAAAACUUCAGUGGUGCUGAGUUAGAAGGUUUAGUUCGAGCUGCUCAGUCUACUGCUAUGAACAGACACAUUAAGGCCAGCAACAAAGUAGAAGUGGAUAUGGAGAAGGCAGAGAGCUUGCGUGUGACACGAGGAGACUUCUUUGCAUCUUUGGAGAAUGAUAUAAAGCCAGCAUUUGGAACCAACCAGGAAGACUAUGCAAGCUACAUCAUGAAUGGUAUUAUUAAGUGGGGUGAUCCAGUAACAAGGGUAUUGGAUGAUGGGGAGCUGCUUGUUCAACAAACUAAGAACAGUGACCGCACUCCUUUGGUUAGCGUUCUUCUAGAAGGUCCCCCCCACAGUGGGAAGACUGCUUUAGCAGCAAAAAUAGCAGAAGAAUCCAACUUUCCCUUUAUCAAGAUCUGUUCUCCUGAUAAGAUGAUCGGAUUUUCUGAAACGGCCAAGUGCCAAGCUAUGAAGAAGAUCUUUGAUGAUGCGUACAAGUCCCAACUCAGCUGUGUUGUCGUGGACGACAUUGAGAGACUUCUAGAUUAUGUCCCAAUUGGACCACGGUUCUCUAAUCUGGUGUUGCAAGCCCUUCUUGUGCUGCUAAAGAAGGCCCCCCCUCAGGGUCGCAAGCUUCUAAUCAUUGGAACCACCAGUCGCAAAGAUGUCCUGCAGGAAAUGGAAAUGCUGAAUGCUUUCAGCACUACAAUUCAUGUGCCCAACAUUGCAACAGGGGAGCAGCUGAUGGAGGCUUUGGAGCUCCUGGGCAGCUUCAAAGACAAGGAACGCAGCACUAUUGCACAGAAUGUCAAACAGAAGGCUGUCUGGAUUGGUAUCAAGAAGCUGCUGAUGCUGAUAGAAAUGUCGUUACAAAUGGAUCCUGAGUAUCGGGUGAAAAAAUUCUUGGCUCUUCUGAGAGAAGAAGGAACAACUGUGUAUCAGAUCAGUUCUCCUUACAGCUGUAUGCCAGUUGUUUCGGGACGGGGGAGGUCCUGAAGACUUCUUGAGAACCUGCAUGCCUGAAUUCUCUGCUUUUUCUUAAUUUACCUGUGACUUUAAAUUUUAAAUGAGAUAUUGGACCACAGUUUAGCUUUCUUUACCUAAAGUAAAUCAGAAGAGAUUCUGCUAGAGUUAAAAUCCAGCUGUUUAUCUAAAAUCUGGAACUUUGAUUUCUUGUAUUUCUCCUGUCUGAGAGAAAGAUGCCCUACU